GUCCUUCUGCUAAACUCUCUACCCCUCCUCACCUACGUCACUUGCGCAGCCGUGGCGUCCCUACCAGGCAAACAACAUGGAGUCCUGAAUUUGGCCACUACAAAAGAUUUACAGUCAAAACUGCAUUCCAAUGUGAUCUCCGACGUGAUCAGGAUUAUACGGCGACACAACGAGACACAUGUGCCAGCCGUAAGAGUACACUGCUUCGACAGAAAUAAAGCAUGAAGAGCGCGGGUUGAGGUUACACCAAUCCUGCCAACCAGGCCGAAUACCUGGAUACACUCUGCACAAUGUAAUAGAGGACGCUCCAGCAACGCUGUGCACAAGGCAACCAUGGAAUCUGGAGGGGGUACACACCCCUCUGGUGAUCAUCCGCGCACCUUAGGGACCAAUCAGGGGUCUCUGCCUACGGUCAGUGCACAGGACUCGACAUCGCUCACACCCCUAAACCGCACCUUACAGGGUCCCUGUUCCUCAGAUGAGAAGGACGAGUUCUCAUGUGGUGUGCACCUGCUGAACAAGAAUGGAGACCGGGACUCAGAGGGUGCACAGGGCCUGCUUGCCAAGGCCGGGUCCGGGAGGAGUGCACAGAGGAGGUCCAAGUCCUCAGCCUUUCCCUCCUCCUUGACCUGGGACUCGGACUCGGAGAAAGAGACACAAGACGAGGAGGAGCUACAGCACUUUUGUAACCCUCAUGGUCUCGCCGCCCACAGUCCCGGAUCACCCACCUCGGGAUGUGAGCCAGACAGAAUAGUCCAAGAGAGUUGCCAAACACCAGAGAAACCUAAGCUUGCACUCCCUGAGAAAGACUUACUCAUGCCUAUCCAGGACCAAGUGGUCAACACACAGAAGGAGGGGUCAAAGAGAAUGCUCUCCACAGAACCAAAAUUGUCAGAUGGUGAAGCUGAGAAUGUAUCCAGAGAAAAAGAGACAUUUGUGCCCAAAAAAUCAAAAGUAAAACCAAAGGGGGGCUGCUCCAAGGAGGAGGCUACGGAUGAUCAGCAAAAAGCUAAAGAUAUGGGCGCAGAGAAGGACGUGUACACCUUCCCUGGGGACUCGGACCCUGAGAGCCCUCCGCCGGCCCCCUGGGCACACUGCACCUUUGUGGAGCGGCGGAGGAGGAAACGGGCCCUGCUGAGGCCUUUCUCUGGUCUGGGCAGCUGGCAGCAGCGUUCAGUGCCAGGUUCUGGCCGGAAAUCGAGGGCCGCCGUCCUCAGACCGAAGGAGUGCGGAACUGUAGUUCCUAACAGUGGAGUCUUUGAUUUUAAGGAGGAGGAAGAAGCAGACGAAGAAGAAGAAGAAGAAGAAGAAGAAGACAACAAAGACGGGGAUGAGGAAGAGGAGGAGGAGGAGGCCGAGAGGAAAGAGCCAACGCUGAAAAGUGAGACGCCACAGGAGCCAAACCAAGACAUUUGCCCAGAGAUUUUCACCUGCGUGGAAUGUAGCAUUUACUUCAAGAAGAAGUGCCACCUUCGGGACCACAUGGGAGAGCACAGCCAGAGGGAGGGGCGAGGGGGCAAGGGCGCCGGUAGCUGGCGAGGCAAGGCCUCUCGCUUAGAGUGCAAGGAGUGCGGGCAGCUGCUGGAGGACAGGUUAGCGCUGACGAACCACCAGAGGCGGCACCGCGAGUCUCGCUGUAAGAUCCUGGAGGAGAUCAGCAAGCUCAACGAGAGCGGGAAAAAGCCGGGGGAACGGAGCGGGGGGGGACGUGUCAGGGUGACGGAGCCCAGAGGCAAAAAGCCCACUCCCGUCUGCCACCAGUUUGUUUGUCUGAAAUGCAACUUCAGCACGGACAUUCCCCAGGAGCUCGCCGACCAUGCCAAAGCACAUGCUCCUCGAAAGAGAGCUGGCAUGCUGCGCUGCUCCCCGCGCCUCCAGCCAAAACUUUCCUCGGCAGAGACAACCCAGUCCCCUGGCGCCCGGCCCUCGGGCCUGGCCACCGCACUGUCCCGCGAUCAGCACUCUGUGCAGGAAUCUAGCGGCCCUGGGCUCUGCGAGCACCUUUGUCCAGCUCACUCGUCGCAGGCCAGCGCCGCAGAGAUGGAGGGGCAAAAGGAGCCAGGCCUGCAUGCAGAGCCAGGCCUGCAUGCGGAGCCUGCCGAUGAUCCUGCCGUCACUCCUCAAGUUCUCGCCGUCGACCCUCUGGAGAAGCCCACUGUGCCCAGGCAGACUCCUCCGCAAGCGGGGCCGAGCCAAGAAGCGGCUGAUGCCCUCGUUGCUAACGAGGCAACGUUAGCCACGGAGGAUCGCUCCCACCAGGCGACGCCAGCGGAGGAGACGGAGCCAGAAACUCCAGAGACGGAGCCGCCGCCGCCAAAGAGGGAGGUGGCAUUCAAGAGCAUUGGGAAUCGGAGGUCAUCUCGGGGGAGGAAGGGAAGCAGCAGCAGACCAGGGCAGUCCUUGGCCAGAGAGGACAACGCCUCUGACAUGGCAGACCAGGAACAGAGACAGGUGGACAUAAAAGACCAACCCUUGAAGAGGACUCAAAGUAUUCCAGAGGCCUCGGCUGGACCCAGCGUGGACAACAGCAAAGUUGCCAACUUCGACCCAGAUACCUUCAGCGUGAUGCGAUGUGAGUUCUGCAGUGCCGGCUUCGACACCAGAGCUGGACUGUCCAGCCAUGCGCGUGCCCACCUGCGUGACUUUGGCAUCACCAACUGGGAGGUGACCGUCUCCCCCAUCCACAUCCUCCGCGAGCUUUUCUCCAGCAGGCCGGACCUUGUCUUACCUACAGCCCCACCUCGCUCCCCAACUUCUGGGGAGGAGAUGGACGCAGAUCUCACCUCUGAGGCAGACAAACCAGUCUCGGCUGGACAUAAGAUGGAAGAGGAUAGUGAUGAUGAGCCAAAACAAUCAUCACCUCUACCUCGGAAGAAACAUAGUGUCUGCGACCGAGAGGGGGAGGAACAGCAGCAGAAGGAGGAUGAGGAUGAGGAAGAUGAAGAUGAUAUGCCUGUGCUAGAUGGCAUGGCUCCCAGUCCUGCUGAGAGGCUCUCACCCCUGGAGUCAGAGAACCGCUCUCCGAGAGAAGGUGCCGACAGCAAGGGUGUGCUGAAGUGCAAGGUUUGCGGAGCCCUGUUCGAGACGAGGCGGGGCCUGUCGAGCCACGCACGCUCUCACCUGCGUCAGCUCGGCGUGGGUGUGUCGGAGAGCAGCGGCGCUCCCAUCGACCUCCUCUACCAGAUCGCCAAGGAGCGUUCGCUGCCCCACUCACCCCCCCAGUCACCCCCCCAGUCCAAGAGGUCCCCACGACACAUGUCCACCCCCAGCCCCCCUCGCCAGGAGAAGCAGGAGAGGCGUGUGGAGGAGGAAGAAGAAGAGGAGGAGGAGGAUGUCAAACCCCCUCCCAUUCUGGCGUCCGCGGUUCAACUGCCCCCUUCACCCUCCAUCCCAUCUCCGGCCGGCUCCAUGCCCCCUUCGCCGUUCGUCAGGUCCCGCUCCCCGUCGCCGGUGCUGAGGAAGGCUCCCAUCUCCUCGCUGCUCCCGGUGUCGUCUCCGCUGCGCUCCCUGGAUGGCAGGGGUGGCAUGGGCAAGACCAUCCUCGCUCCCCCCCUUCCUCCCUCUAAGCCCUACUGGGCUCCACAGGAGACGGACGCCCCCCUCAACCUCACGAUGGAGCCCGACCCCAACAAGGACAUUGUGUGCCAGUUAUGUGGCGCGUGGUUCGAGACUCGCAAGGGCCUGUCGAGUCACGCGCGCGCCCACCUGCGCCACUUUGGCGUGGAGUACUCCGAGUCCAAGGGCUCGCCCAUCGACCUGCUCAACCGCCUUAUCCUCACCGACGACUUCAAGCGCCGGGUGGCCAACCUCUCCCCCUCGGCCGGCAUCGAGGACCUCCGCAGCCUGGUCUCCUUCCCCAUCUCCUCCGUCUCCUCUCCCCCCUCCUCCUCCUCCUCCAAGCGGCCGCUGCUGGCCUCGUCCCACGCCUCCCCGCUCCUGUUCAAAGCCAGCGCGGGGGGCGGCAGGGCGGGCCCCAAAACUACCUCCACCCUGUUUGGGCCGCCCAGCAAAAAGGCCCGCGCUUCCCCACAGCAAGUCUUCCGCCUGAGUGGUGGGGAGCUGACGCCCUACUCCCAAGCUGAACCACAGAAAGAGGUGGGUUGUGAGUUCUGCGGCGAGUACUUCGAGAACCGCAAGGGCCUCUCGAGCCACGCCCGCUCCCACCUGCGCCAGAUGGGCAUCACCGAGUGGUCGGUCAACGGCUCGCCCAUCGACACGCUCCGCGAGAUCAUCACACGACGCGGCCUGCCCUGCGCUCUGCCCCUCAAGUCCCCGCGCUCCUCGCCCAGCCCGGGGCCCCCGCGGCUCUCCCUCCCCUCCCCCCCGGCCGGGCUCCUCAGGCGCCUCCCGUUCCCCUUCACCCACCCGCCGGGACACCACCAGCCCACCGCCCGCAGGAUGGAGCCCUCCGCCUCGGCCUCCAGGGCCUCCGCCAGCCCCUCCGCCGCCCCCAGCUCCGCCUCCCCGCUCAAGCCCAAGCCCGAGCCCGUCCAGCUGGAGGUCACCCCGCCGAGUGGCGCUCUGGACGGUGGAGAGGGUGGAGGCGCGGGGGGCUUCGCCAUGGAGCGUCUGGGCCCCAGCUGGGUCAGCUCAGACAGCCUGCACCCCAUCAGCAUGAGUCUGGCUCAUGACUCGGAGCCCACGCGGGACAUCCGCUGCGAGUUCUGCGGCGAGUACUUCGAGAACCGCAAGGGCCUCUCCAGCCACGCCCGCUCCCACCUGCGCCAGAUGGGCAUCACCGAGUGGUCUGUCAACGGCUCGCCCAUCGACACGCUCCGCGAGCUCAUGCGCAAACAACAGCAGCAGCAGCAGCAGCAGGGCGGCUCCUCCUCCUCCUCCUCUUCCUCCCCCGCCCGACCCCUUCACAGCUCCCCCUCCGGUGCUGGGGUCAAGAAGGAGCCCCGUCCCGGCAGCAGCCCCACCUGGGAGGGCCUCCAGCCCCAGCAGCCGCACCGGUUCUCCCGCAAGCCCCCCCUCAACCUGCUGCACCCGGGGCAGCCCAGGCUGCACAAGCACGGCAUCUCGGGACUGGCCAGCGUCUCGGGGCCCCUGCCGGCGGGGAGGUUCUUCGCGGCCGUGGCCCAGCAGGGCAAGGCGAGGGAGGACGGCCAGCGGCCGGCCCAGGAGAGGGGGAGCCACCAGGGGCCCCAGGCGAAAGCCUUCUCGCCGCCUCCGCAGGACUUCUCCUUCAAGGGGAAGACGUCGCCAGACAAGCAUGGGGUAGGCCACUUGGAUGCCAGCUGCGAGCUGUGUGGCUUUUACUUUGAGAACCGCAAGGCCCUGGCCAGUCACGCGCGAGCUCACCUGCGGCAGUUCGGCGUGACCGAGUGGUCGGUGAACGGCUCGCCCAUCGAGACGCUGAGCGCCUGGAUGCGCAGUCGGCCGCACAAGGUGGCAGAGAUGCAUCGUGGGUACAUGCAGGGUGGACGCUCUGGUUCAAAGAAGAGGGGUAGUUCCUCUCUCUCGCCCUCGUCUGACUCCGGCCACACCUCUCCGGUAGCCCAGAAGCCUUCCUCAGCGCUGUGGUCAUCUCUGUCACAGAGUCGGAACAGGGCCGGCGAGGUCGCUGGAGGUCAGUGGGGUUCGUCGAGGUCAACUGAGGUCAGAGCAGGAAACCGGACCUCCCAGCACGGCCACGGCCCUCAAGUCUCCAGUCCUGCCUUGCCACACGCACAGGUCGCCCGAAGUGAGCUCAACGUCCGCUUACCACGAGGCUUUGAGCGGCGGCCCCUGAAGCACCCGUCCCACCCAGAUGCAGGAGAGAGAGAGACUGGCCCUCCCAAACCCCCCCGCACCAGCACUGUCCCUGCACUGGUGCCCAAGCCCCCCUCAACCCCACUGGUCAAAGUGGUGGGCAAGAUCUACUCCCUCAAGUGCCGGUUUUGUGAGGUGGAGUUCCACGGGCCCCUCUCCGUGCAAGAGGACUGGAUCCGGCACCUGCAGCAGCACAUCCUCAAUCUCAACUACACCAAGCCAGCUACGCCCAGCGCGACCCCUGACCCCAGCAAUGCCGCCGCUGCAGCCGGCGCUAACCCCAAACCCUUGCCCGAGACCACACCCACCUCCUCGGCCCCGGUCUCCGUCGCUACCUCUGCUGCGCCUGUGUCCAUCACCACGGCUACCCUGACCCCCAACCCCACACCGACGGCUACAGCUCCCCCGACCCCUGUCCAGACACCCACACCAACCCCCACCCCCACCCCCACCCCGUCGUCUCCGUCUCCACCCACGCUCAUCCCCACCCCCACGCUGACCCCAUGCACAGUGGCCAGGCCUCUUCCCAGCCCCGCCACAUAAUGCACCUGCCAUAGACAUUUCCGUUUGCCUUCAUCUUGCCUUCAUCAUUGUAUUAAAUGCCAUCUGUCUCCUUACUGUUACCAACGAAUCAUUCUGUCGGAGGAGGAGGAGGAGGAGGAGGUGAGAACGGACAUGACACGACCCCAUGUGAAUGGGACUUUGUGCUGCUUCUACCAGUGGGCCAUUCACUGACCACGAAGCGGGUGACCUAAGCAGACCCGGAGGUGUCUUGAGUUGUCCACGAGCUGCUGGGGGUUCAUGCUACCUCGGCUCUUCAGCAGAGAGGCCUUCCUACUUUUUUUGUACGUGUAGUAACGAUGCGUGUACGAGCGCACCCGGACGGACAUGCUCACAUAAGCUCUCCAAGUAAAGAUGUCCUCUCUUCCUUUUGCCAUGCCUCUCUGGUGCUAUUACUGGCUGCCAGCAGCCACAAGAGUAGCGCCACCUACUGGUAGCUUGUAUAUGAAUCAGAAGAGUACCUGAGUUGCUCUCUAUUCAAGACAAUGGUAAAAACACUUGUCAGUGUGCAUUUCCAUUUUCCAUUAUUUAUAUUUUGGCCAGUGUCUUUUUUUAUUAGCACUUUGUUGACCUUAUCAUUGCAAAGCAUUUGCUUCAGGCCAAAGCCUAAAUGUCCACUCCAAGUGGCAGGGAUAAAAAUCCCGUUCAAUUGAAUGUGUCUUAUUUUUACGUUACAAACAUAAAGCCACAAAGCCCCACCCCUUAAAACGGUGCCACAAUGAACUGACUUUGGCACACUGCCACCAAAAGUGUCCACCUGCACCUUCUUAAUUAAUAUUAUGGCACACAAAAAACGUUGGCACUUUUUAAAAAAGCAAGAAUUGUACAUUAAAUCAAGGCAGGCCCAAUCCCAUUUGAUAUGGCAUUUUCAUGGUCAGUUAGUAUGUCGGAGUAACUAAACGUUUUUGUGUCGUUUUGAACUUUAAUGAUGUAAGAGGAAUGUUUUAGGUAGCCAUAAGUGAAGGAUCCCUUUUGCAUUUCAACAUUCUACCACACUUUUGUUGUGGUAGCUAUUCCUGUUCGACCUUCUUUUUUUGUGUGUGUCUACGCUCUCAAAGAAUACUGUUAGGCAUUGGUUCGGUACUGGGCCUACAUUGUGGUAGCCAGGCCCUGAAGGGCUUGUCCCUUCAUCCAGUUCCCCCCACCCCCAAGCCUUUUAAAGGGCCAUUUACACCAGAAAUGAUAGCUAUAAACAAAACUGUAACUUUAACAAUGAAGCUUCCACACUGAUCAACAACAAAGAAGGUCUCUCCUGGUGUUGAUGAAUGUGAUGUAUGAAACAUUUUGAUGGAUUCUGAUUGGCUGACAGCUUUUUAUCGUUCACAAAAUCACUCUGAAAGUGAUCCCCAAAUAUAUCGUCCUUCAUGCCAUUAUUGUUAUAGUUCACGUGUGGACGUCGUCAUUCAUAUUAGUGUGAACAAUACUUUCUUGCCGUUAUCAUUAUCGCUAUUGUCAUCAUCAUCGCUAUCGUUAUCGGUAUCGUUAUCGUUAUCGUUCUUGGUGUGAAUGGCCCUUAAGACAGAGCGCCAAACUCCUCAAGCUUACUUGCUGCAUGUGUGAAUGCAAUGGGCCUGAGACUUCCUUGGCCAAAAUUGUCAUAGAUGUACGAAUGGAGGAAUGCACAUGAUUCACAGAUGUUACUUUGCAGUUCUUCAUGUAUGUUAAUUUGCUGUUUCGUGUGUCUUAGUGUCUGUCUGUAUGCCAGUGUUUAUGCUUGUUGGUUUGUGCGUGUGUGUGUGUGUGUGUGUGUGUGUGUGUGUGUGCGCGUGUGUGUGUGUGUGUGUGUGUGUGUGUGUGUGUGAAUGCGUGCAUGAGCAGUUACUAAUAAAGUAAUGUAAACGGAAGCUAUUUGAAAGUGACUCAGACCACCUGUUGCCAGUUCUCACUCAACCAUGCCAAGAGCAACACCGUACUGCAUACACCGGCCCCUGCGGGUGUGCCAAAGACGCUGUCCUCUCGCCUCUCUUUGCACACCCCACCCCUGCGAGCUGUUCACACCGGACUCUACCUGUCUGAGCAAAUGGCACUCUUAACUGAGUGUGCGACUGACUGGACUGAAGGGGGCAUGGCCUUUUAAGCAAAAGGGAACUUUUUUCUCUCUCUCUCUCUCUCUCUCUCUCUGUCUCUCUCUUUCUCUCUGACCGCUGGCACAUGGUGGGAGAUGCACAAAACUGCCCCAGACCUCACUUGAACUCUGACCCCACCACCACAACAGUUACAGAGACUUUUGAAACAACAGUGUUUUUUUUUCUUUUGUUAUUGUUUUUUAAAAAGAAACAGGCACGCUAGCCGAGCACUACCACAGUGGAUGACAGAAUGAACUCCCAUGUGCAUCUUUUCCAUUGCUUCAGAUAAUGUUUGUAAGUUGAAGCAAUAAGCAAAGGGUCCACAUCAUAUGUACUAUUAUUGACUGUAUGUUUCUGACAUUUACAAAGUUACUCUGACUGUUAAGAAUCCCGUAGGGAGUAAAAAUAGAUACAGUAUACAGUUAAGUGUAAACUAAAUGUAUGACAUGAUUAAGAUUAUUACUAGACAUUAGCAGUUCUGUUAACAGCUAGUCAUGACAAUGUGAUUUUGAUUUUCAUUUAUUGUGAGUUUACUUUUGACUUUUCAGCUGUCUGUUUGUUUUCAGUUGUCACAUGUGUUUCUGUGUUUGAAGUCAUAGACAGUGAAAUAGAUUAGUGCUCUUUUUUAAUCAAUUAUUAUUUUUAAGCUGAAAGCUAUGACAAGUCGGUGCUCGUGAGAAUGCAAUGAAGAGAGUAACGUGUUAGAUAGGGUGAACUUUUGACUGUUGUGUCCUACUGCAGAAGGACUCUUAUCCCUGGGCCUCAUGCAGUAACAUUCUCUUAAAUUUGUGUUACAUUUUCUGUUCUGUAUCUUCUAUUGUGAAAAAUGGGAGAAAAUCAACUCCAGAUGCUCAAAACAUCAAUAUUUAUCUAAAAAUCUGCUCUUA